UUGAGUUUUAUGGCUCCAUGUUGGGUAUAUAUGCACGACUGCGUCUUCUUCUCAGUCGUGUCAACAGCUGGUUCAAACCCUGUUCCUUGGGGACGACUGUCGCUGGAUCUGACCCUGCAGAGAGAGUUGCUUGUCACAAUGGCCUCCUCCUACUUCUCGGCUGUCGUCUUCAGCCUCGUCUUGGCGACUUUGAUCUCCGCUGAAGUGUAUCCAAAGCCCUAUACACAGCCACCUUACCAGUCUGGUCCCGCUGCAGCGCCGUACCCGAAGGGCCAGUCAUACCCAGGCGGCUAUGAGUAUCAAAAUGGAGGGUACGGAUCUUCGUACAACUACAAGUCGUCCUCGAGCCGUGUGGCUGUUGAGUCGGAAGCAGACGUAUUGGACAGACUGUUUGAUAUCAUCGACAGAAUAAUUGCAUUCGAAGACUUCGCUGCCGAAACCUUGGCGAACACAGACUCCCAGCAAAGUGUCCUGAAGAAGCAGGUGACCCAGCUGACUAUCCUGGACCUGCCGGCCUUGGAGGAGCAGAACGUUGUCCUGAGCAAGAGGCUGGACAAUCUGGAGAAGGCGGUGGAGGACCUCGAGGAUCUCAUUGACGACCUAAGUGCAAAUGUGGAUGAUCUGGAGUACCUGAACGCUGAGAACGCCAAGGACAUCAAGGACCUGGAGAUCGCUCUGGCCAACGAGCAGUUCAUCGACUCCACUCAAGUGCGCGACAUCGCCUCGCUCCUGGCGGCCGUUCAGAACCUCAAGACCAAACUGAUCAGUAUUGAAACAAGCAAGUUUAAGGCCCUCGACAACGAAAUCCAAAAAGUGGUCGGGCAGUUUGUCUCUACAAGUGACCUGGAAACGUCCAGAAUGUGCGAGACUGGUGUCACCACACUGACUGCAGAUGACCGUCGUAACACUGUCGUGUUUAACACAGACUUUGGCGGGCAAGUUCCUCAGAUUGAAUACGGCAUUUCUGGUAUUAAGAGCAGAUUCGUAGGCGAGGAACCUUCCAAAUAUAAUCCAUACGGCAAGCCAUAUGAUCCCAAGUAUCCUCCGUACGGCAAGCCAUAUGACCCCAAGUAUCCCCAGUACGAGAAACCAUAUGACCCCAAGUAUCCCCAGUACGAGAAACCAUAUGACCCCAAGUAUCCCCAGUACGAGAAACCAUAUGACCCCAAGUAUCCCCAGUACGGCAAGCCAUAUGAUUCCAAAUAUCCCCCGUACGGCUCCUACAACGAUCGCAAUCCGGGACUUCUGGGAGACCUUGUUGUCGCCUUGGCAACACCAGAGUCCAUCACCUUCGAACUGGUGGAUGCGGCGUUCAACGUCGCUGAGAGUGUGUCGGUGGAAGUGGCUUGGAAUGUGUGCUCCGUUAGGCCCGGCACCCGCCUUGCUAAAUACUGAGCUGUCAUCACCUCCAAUUACCUUUAGUAACCAAGAAUGACACUGAUGCCGAUGUAUCCGCAGAUUCUACGAUGCUACAAGCUGGGACGUUUUGUGCUUACGCUUAGGUUUUGAGAGGAAUAAUGUUGAUAGACUGAAAAGAAAAAGAUGAUGUACUAUCAAUGAGGGCAUAUUAGUCUAAAUAGAAAAUCGUUGAGCUGUAAAGACGAAAACUGAGAACAGCUUGCUGUAUGAUCAAAAGAAACAACCUAUACAAGAACACUAAAGAGAAGAUAAACAUGAAUGUUAAGAAUAGAAAGAAUAUCACAUGAGCAAAUCGAAAUUUCUCCUGCAUUGUGAGAUCUGUAGGUGUCAUGGAAGAGAUUUGUUUGAGUAAUAUCGCUAUACAGCAUCCAGACACCUCAGCAGCGCAAACGUACAGUUGUAGCCUAGUAGACACUUGCGAUUUUGUUUUCAUUUCACUGUUUUAGUGGUGAAAUAAAUAUGAAACAAUUG